AAGCGACACAAUAUUCACAUGUAUGUGUGUUCCAAUAAAUUUUGUUGCCACCAUGGUUGUCUUCUUAUGAACAACAGAAACACUACAGUAGCAUCAUGCCACAUGCUAGAAUUACAAGAUGACAUUUGUAAAAGCAGAAGGGGCAAGCAAAAAAAGUUUAGAGAUAUUCAGGCUCAAUACUGACAUUUGAAAAGCUGCAUAUGAUGAUCAGUCAUGACUCCAUAUCGAGUGAUGGAGGUAUUGUGGGGAAGUUUGUCCAGUCUGAAAAGGAGACUGUAAUAUGAACGUAGACAUCCAGUGCUGUAUUCUAAAGGUCUUUCAUAUACCCACAACGGUCAACAGUGGCAGGCUGAGAGUCUAGUUUGGUCUGUAGGAGGAGCUAAGAGAACAGGAAGCCUGUCGGCAUUAAGCUGUGGGUAACGUGAGCAGAGAGGAAAGACUUUUGCAUCCUACCUUUCAAUUAUCUGUCAGGUAAACAACGACUUUUAAAGUCAACUCAGUUCAAAGAAGACCAGAAGUCGUCUUCUUUGUCCAGAUGACCAUUUACAAAGGCCAGGCAGGCUUUUGUGUGCCUUAUCUGGAGAAGUAGCGUCCUCCUUGGUCUGCAUCCGUGGAAUCCAACAGUGUCGGGGUCCGUUGGAGUGUCUGCCUUGAGACAUUGUCACCAGCAGAGCACAGAUUCACCAGGAUGGCCUUGGUGGUGAUUCAUUUUCACCUCUCUCACUAUCCUCCUCGCCAACACAGUGGGUGAUGCUGCAUGGCUGCAUCCUUGGUGUUCAGACUGCACGACAGAGGCCCCGAGCUGGUGAGGGAGGUGCUUCUGGAGCGAGGGUGGGAGGAGUAUAAUGAAGGAGAGCGUGAGGAGGAAGACUGGAACCUUUACUGGCGAGGCUCUUCAUUUCAGACCUCGCAAUAUCACAACCUGCUGCCGUGGCAACGCCUCAACCACCAUCCUAAAACUGUUGGCAUCACACGCAAGGAUUGCUUGGCACGCAACCUGAGGAGAAUGAAAGCAACAUUUGGUUCAGCUCUCUAUGACUUCAGUCCCACCACUUUCAUCCUCCCCAAUGACUACACCUGCUUCCUGGCUGAGUACAACAGACUGCGUCUGGCCAGAGGAACAUCGGUCUACUGGAUAGUUAAGCCUGUGGAUCUCUCCAGAGGCCGAGGGAUCUUCAUCUUCGAGGAUAUUAAGGACUUGGUUUAUGAUUGCUCUGUUGUCAUUCAGAGGUACAUUAGCAGCUCUCUGCUGAUCUCCGGCUACAAGUUUGACUUGAGGAUUUACGUGUGUGUGAAGAGCUUUCAUCCACUGACUGUGUACAUUCAUCAAGAAGGCCUGGUGCGUUUUGCCACUGAGAAGUUCAACCUGUCAUCUCUGCAUAACUUGUAUGCUCACCUCACUAACACCAGCAUCAACAAGUUCGGUCCCUUCUACAAAACCGAAAAAGGAAGAGUGGGCCGGGGAUGUAAGUGGACCAUGAGCAAAUUCAGACAUUUUCUCCACAGUCAACAGAUCAACGAGCUGCUUCUGUGGCAGAGGAUCAACAACAUCGUCACUCUGACCCUCCUCGCCAUUGCUACAUCAGUGCCCUCCUGUCCUAACUGUGUGGAGUUGUUUGGAUUUGACAUCCUCAUAGAUGCCAAGUUUAAGCCCUGGCUGCUGGAGGUCAACUACAGCCCUGCACUCACGCUGGACUGCCAAGCUGAUAUUUCAGUGAAGAAAAAGCUAGUCAGUGAUGUCAUUGAUAUGAUGAACUACACAUUGACCGACAGCUUAAGAGACGGAGCUUAUCGGAAACAUAGGUACAAGCAACCUUGUUUUAAGGCGAUCCACCCGUCUGCACCUGUGCUCUCAACGUUAAACCAUCAGAAGAAAAAGAGAGGUAACAAGGGCUCGCACACUCAAAUUCUCCCUCUGCUGAAAACAUCUCAUCAGUCUGAAAAGACAAAACGGGGUAAGCUUAAACAGCGUGACCUUGAAGCCAACUACCAAAGAUGCCUUCCCCCUGUUGAAUUAUCGAAGAUACGUGAAGCUAGAUGCAGAAUAAUUAACACCAGUGCUAUCAAACUCCACACCAACCAGACCCCAAACCCGAUACUGGGCCAGGAUUCAAGGACAAAUGAGUCAGCGUUGAACAGACAGUCUCGUCAGCCUCUUGUAUCGUACCUCAUGAACAACGGGUCUCUUUACAGGUCUGAUGUUACAAACCAUGACAACACUGAAACAGAAGCUGAGAGGCAGUGCUCAGGAGAGACAGACGUUUCCUCUUUGAUACCUGACACCCAGGAGAGUGAGGAAGCAUUCACACGGCCUGCUGCGUCCUGGAAGCUCCCAAACAUUUACAGCACAAAGCCAGUUCGGAUCACUGCGGAGAAAACCACAGGGAAUGGACAACAUAUUCCACCGGUGAAGGUUGGAGACUUCAUAAGGACGUUUCCAUUUAACAGGGCUACUCUGAAAGCCUCGCAGCACGAACUGGACAUAAGGACAGUCCUACAGGAGAUUCAGAGCCUAACUGGUCAGUUGGUUUUAGGCAAAGGACACAAGAUGAAGAGCAGGAGAGAAGAGAAGGUGACGGCAGAUAAGGAUGCUGAUACUGACUUUGAUUCGCUGUUGUGGGGACCGAAAGAUCCUCCACUGAUCAGCCAAUGCUUCAAAUCAACUUAACCUGUGGCAUACUCUAGUUGGUGUAAAUAAAUACUCACUCAUACUGCAUGGUGCUUUUCUACUGUUUUCUUUGGGGUUGGAGGCUCUGAUAGGCUUUUUU